UUACACAUUUAAUAUGUUUUACAAAAAAAACACUUCUAACGAUGUAGAUUGUUACCGGAUAUGGUUGAGGUGUUAUCGCUAUGUUUCGCCGCGGCAUUGGCUAAUGGGAUGCCCAGGAGUAACUCGAAGGCACGUUUACUUGGCCCAUGGUAUGGCACGCGAUGCCCUAAAUUACAAUUGUCGGUAGAAGGCGGCUACCGCUACAUUCAACCACGAUGUGUAGACAUUCCUGAGCCGCUUUUUGUAAUAUCGCACUUUUUAGACAACUCUGGACACCUAUCGCAUAAUCAAUCAUAUUUGGUCCCAGACACUACGACAACGAAGCACAGAUUGUAUGGAUCUAAUGCUUCAGUUUCUCAGGAAAAUGGAGCACAAACUGACGAUAAACUCAGUUCUGAUUCGGUUGACUGCGGUAUGAUGCCAGACACUGGAGUCUCACCAGGUUAUACAGACCCAUAUGUACAAGAGAUUCCAGACACUACAGAAUCAGCCUUUAUGCCAUCUGACUCCACUAGUGAUGCCAGUGACCAAAGCAACCGAUUUGGUAAACCGAGGUUCCUUAGCGGAACCAAGAAGAUAAUAGACGCGGCUAAGAGCAAGUUGAAACGUUUAUUCAAUUGGGGCCAUAGUAAUGCAAAUGACACGAAAAAUGAGCUAGACACAUCAGACAAAGAAGAACGGCAAUAUCAUACUACUAAGCCAUAUACCGAUGCCGAGGUUUUGGCACUGCCAUAUGUUGAAUCAAAAAAGAUAAAUUUAUCUUUCAACCGAUGGCCAGAUAAUUGUUUUAUUCGUAUUAGACUUGAGUCCAACCAUUCGUUUCUAGUUAAUCUGGCAGUGGAGAGAUUAAUCAGAGGAAUCAGGGAACAUACUAACCUCCAAGUCGGUAAUGCGAAGCCCAUGCCAAAAAGACGUAAAAGAUGGUGUUUACUGUCGUCGCCACAUGUCGAUAAAAGAUCGAAGGACUUGUUUGAAAUUGAGCAGCACGUUAGGUUCCUAGAUGUAUUCCCGGCAGUUACCAACAAGGAUCCAGUACCGAGUGAAAAUAGUCAACUAGGUGAAGUAUCAGAUGCAUUAAAAGAUGAUAUCAACACAUUUAAGGGAACGCUCAUGGUACCACUGCCCUCCAUGGUCAGCUUCGACUACUGGUUCGAGGAAGUGCACAAGCCAGUAAAGAAUAAAAGCAUAGAACGUACCUUCCAUAGCAAAAUAUGGAUAUCUAAAUACUUUCUGCACAAUUACGAGAAGCGCAAAAAAGCUGAGAUUAUAGACGAAUUAACAUCACCCGAGCUGUAUCCGGAAAUACCUCUAAGGUGGAAGCGGCAUCCAUGCGACUACUUUGCACUGCAACUGGGCGAAUUACAAAAGAUGCACAAAUUCGUUGUUACAAGGAAAGCAGAAGAUGAAGCGCGUAAACGAUAUGGCGUUAAAAUGCCAAAGUACAUGGAUAUAGGUGAAAUUAGAUUCGUGCCCAACGAUGAAGAUAGACGUUGUGGAUAUAUAUCAUCUGACGACGACGACGAAGGUGAUAUCGCACGGCAACUUAAUGAAUUGGAAAACAAGGCCAAAGAAAAAUCACGCAAAUAUUAACUACUUACUUUGGCUACUAUAUAAC